GGUAGACCACUCUACUCUCGCGUGUGACAGAUAGAUCAAGUUGGAUCUCCGUUGGAAAAACUUCACCGUUAUUUUUCCCAUCCACAUGAUAUGCAACCCAUGGAGGGGGGAUGAUGCUAUGAUUCUCCAAAACAGAAGAACGAAAAUACCGAAAAAGUAGAGGAGCCCCAGUAAAACGGAGCCAGAGCAGGGGCAUGGAGAAAAUUAUUCGCCUUACAUUCGCAUCACCAGUUGUCGAAAGAAACAUUUCCCCUCUAGGGUAGCCUGAGGAGCACAACUUUCCUUGACAACUCAAGGACGCCACCAACUUCAAAAUGUGCGCGCUUUUGUAAACACUUUUGAAAACUGUUCAGCCUUUUGUCUCAUCCCUAAAACUUGACUGUAUCGAGCCAACAGCCAGCGAUGUCGGUGGGAACACCGCGAAAUGGACGGCCAACCUCGGGAAAUAUCAAGAAAACGAGAAAAACAGAGGCCUUCGCAACGGAGAACGAAAUAGUCGGCGCUCGUGGUAAUAGAAAACCACGAAUUUCGCCCUCCGUAAUAGAGCAUGGAUUUCAUACCGAUAAAUACAAAACUCAUUACAGUGCUUGGACACCAGUAGUAAACAGUGCUUCAAACAGUAAGAUCUUCGUGGAACGCUUAGAUCUGAUCGGACACUGGUUCUCUCUGUGGACAGAUGCCCAACGAAAGAAAUUCCUCGCCUUCAUCCUAAAGAAAUGCACGAAAUCACAAUUAAGAUUUGUAAAUGAAGGCUGGUUCAAAAAGCAACUUCCAAUUCACCACUUAGAUUAUACAACUGUUUUGCCUCGAUUUAUAUCCACUUGCAUCUUUUCUUUCCUGGAUCCAAGAAGCCUUUGUCGUGCUGCGCAAGUGUCUUGGCAAUGGAAGUUUAUAAGUGAGCAAGAUGUGAUCUGGAUGCCGAAAUGUUUACAAUUUGGUUGGUAUUUGCCAUACACACCAAGUAGCAGAGAAUAUGGAUGUUGGAAACAUCACUACAUCAUGUGUGCUGGUUCACUUGAUAUGGAAGCUCCAUCCAGAAUGGCAGAGAAGUAUGGUCAGUUUGCUGACAGCACUGCAAGAGUGUCCACGCAAAAAAGAGAGAAACAAAAAGGUGUUGAAAAGAGACAGUAUAGAGAGACUAAAUACUACAGACAAGAAACACGUCGCCCACCUUGGUUGGACACAGAUCCUCAGCCCCAUGACCUGGAGAAUGCCAGGAAGGCUUUAUUUUAUGAACAUAAUCCAAACCAGCCUCAUUCCCCAGACCAACUGAGAGCUGAGAGACUGGGACUGAGUACCAGACCUCCACACAGAAGAUCGCAUACUGCUCCUGCACACAUGCGUAUGGAGAAAGUGGAGAAAGAUGGGAAAAUUCAUGAUGUCAAUGGGAAUGUAAUUGAGGAAGGGAAAGAACCUGUACAUCCAUCAAAGCUGACCCUGACCGAGGCAUUAGCUGUUGAAUCUGGAGGUGAUGAAUCGGUGGUGGAGCAGUCGUGGGCCACACCUGCCCCAAAAUCGCCAGUGCGACGACAAGAUCUAACUUGUGGAAUUCAUCCCAGUGCGCACGAUUCCGUGUUGGAAACAAGAAAAAAGGAGGACCUUCGAAGCCAACCUUGUCCAGCCGUUAUAUUUAUCUCGUCUGAAAUCCCUGCGGCUGAGUUGUUAUUAGAAGCUGUGAUGUUUGGUGUCAUUGCAAUCCCUUACGAAUAUGAAGGCACAACACUGGACGCCCUGAUGGAAAAACUUAGACUUGCUCUGCAGGGAAGACAAGCUAGGAGCAUUGGUGUGUUUGCUUGGGGAGAUUCUGGUACUCUACGCCUUGUAAAAGGUCAGACUCUGUCAUUAGAGACCGUUAACGAGCCUUCUAUGCGACACUUCUGGGAAACUCUGACGAUAAGUGUGACAGGGCGAGAAUCAGGAGGUCACGUGGACAUCUUUGUUCCUUUGGUAGAAACAGAACAAGGCAUGGAUCUUUUGGUACAGCUGGGUCUCUUGACAGACAUGCAGUUUUCUUGUCCAACAGGAAUGACGGGAUCAUUUGCUAGAGUGGAAAGUGAUUGGUUGUUUGUACCUAACAGUGGUUCACCGCCGUCUCUGUAUUUCAAUGCCACAAAACUUGGAGCUUGGUCGAGUACCGUGGAUUACAUUGAGGAAUGCGUUGAUGUUGUAAAAAAGAAUCUCAACUGUUUCUUCUGUGAAGAGCAAAGGAAUCUAGCUAAGCGUCUUGUUGGACAAAUCACGUUUGAAGCCUUAGGGAUGUGUGAGGUGUACCGAGUGUCGGAGAUUGCCUCUGUGCUUGUUGAUGCCGUCAUCUCUCUUGGAAAGGACAACGCAUCCAGGAAUUGGAGCGAUCCGGUUCAAGGUCUUAUUCAUUAUCUACAGAACUAUGGACACAAAGAUAGAAAAUUGAAGAAAGUUCAGAAAACAAUGACAAAGCAAGAGGAAGCUUUGUCAGAUUUGGAGGUUUCUGAUUCCGAGGAUGAUAUUGCAACAAGAGAAUUUGAAACUGAUAAACUCGCCUCGAAACCUGGUACUGGCGCUACUGCUGGGGAGAAAAGGACGUUAGUAGCUCACGAAAUAUUAUCAACAGAGUUGACCUAUAUGAGCGGCUUGUCCAUAAUUCAAGAUGUUUUCAAGAAACCUCUUCAAGCUUCCCUUGCUUCUAACAGGGCCAUAAUCAGCUCCGCCAACAUUCAGAGUUUGUUUGCUGACAGCCAGACGUUACUGGGUCUUAGCAGUUUGCUGGUGAACGACCUGUCGAACCGUUUAGAUGAAUGGAAUUCACAUCAAAUGCUGGGAGACAUUUUUCUGAGGUUCACAACUCAGCUGCGAGCUUACACUAAUUUCCUCAACAACUAUCCUGUCACACUGCAAACACUUGAGCGGUGUAAAGAACAGAAUCCCCAGUUCCGCUCAUUUCUCGGUCGCCAAGAAAGGCAGCCAAGCACAAAAAUGAUGAGUUUACCUGAAUUGUUAUUUCUCCCAGGAAGAAGAAUUAAAAGUUACGUGGAGCUGCUGGAGUCAUUUAUGAAGUACACCCCAUCAGACCACGUUGAUAGAAAAAACUUGGCCCAGGCCAUCGCGAAGUUUAAGGACCUCGACAGUUUAUUUAGACAGUACAAAGAACGCCUGGAAAGAGAGAGGUUUCUUCAAGAUUUGCAGAAAAGAAUAAUCAAUUGCCCGGUACUGGCAGAGAAAAGCCGCCAUUUUGUUCGAGAGGAGGAUGUCAUCCUAUUGUCGACCCCAAGCAUUGGUAGACAAUUUAAACCAGAAUUCAGAAUCUACCAACAAGUUGGUGACCUUGGUUUGUUUCUGUUCAAUGAUGCACUUGUGGUAACGACACUGACUUUCAAGUUUGUUCCUUUUCAAAGACUUGUUCAACGAAACUAUAAGUUCCAAGCAUGUUUGACGUUAAAGAAGUUGCAAGUGGAGAACCUAGCGGAUUCAAAAUGUAAGUUACCUAAUUACUCAUUGUUUCCAUCGUAUUUUCGUAAGAGUUACUCGAAUUCCCUCUCGUAUUGACACUACUAAAUACGUAUUGACACGUUACUCGAGAAAA